CUGCCUCGCAGCUCUUGGGAUCGUCUGGCAGAGGGUGGGUCUGCAGGGGCUUGGCAGCGCUGCUGCAGCCGAGGUGGAGCCAGCCAAUGGCCUGGCAGCCUGCGGCGCUCCGCGGGGCGGUUUUGGUGCCGGCCCCGCCGAGCUCUGCCAUUUGAACUGCGGCGCAGGCACCGCCGCGCUCCGCUCCUGGCGCCGCUCCCAGCACAGCGCUGAGCCGAGCCUGGGGCUCAGCUUUCCCUGCUCUCUCCCUGCGGUAACGGCGUGUGCGGGCUCUGCUGGCCGGGACUGCGAGGCCACCAUGGAGGACACCACUCUGCAAAUCAUCGAACCGCCAACUGCUUCUGAAGCCUCGGAGGAGCAAGCUCCAGAGGAGCCCAUCAAAUCAGACCAGAUCAACGGCGUGAUGGUGCUGACCCUGCUGGACAAGAUCAUCGGAGCGGUGGAUCAGAUCCAGGUGACCCAGACACAGCUGGAGGAGAGGCAGCAGGAGAUGGACAACGCAGUGACCAGCAUCCAGGGGGAGCUGACCAAGCUGACCAAGGCUCACACCACCACCAGCAACACUGUCAACAAGAUGCUGGAGAAGGUGCGCAAGGUGAGCGUCAACGUGAAGAGCGUGCGGCAGAACCUGGAGAAGCAGGCUGGGCAGAUCAAGAAGCUGGAGGCCAACGAAUCAGAGCUCCUGAAGCGCAGGAACUUCAAAGUCAUGAUCUACCAGGACGAAGUGAAGCUGCCGUCCAAGCUGAGCAUCAGCAAGUCUCUAAAGGAGGGCGAGAAGCUGGAGAAGGAAGGUGAGGGCGAGGAAGUGCCGGUGGGUGAGGACCAUGCAGAGGAGGACCGCAUCCAACUCUCCUCGGAUGAAGAGGUGGAGAUUGAAGAGAUUAUUGAAGAGUCCCGUGCGGAGCGCAUCAAAAGGAGCGGCAUGAAGAGAGUGGAUGACUUUAAGAAGGCAUUCUCAAAGGAAAAGAUGGAGAAGACUAAGCUAAAGACCAAGGAGAACCUGGAGAAGACUAAGCUAAAGACUAAGGAGAACCUGGAGAAGACCCGCCACAACCUGGAGAAGAGGAUGAACAAGCUGGGCACCAAGAUCGUGACGAAUGAAAGGAGAGAGAAGAUGAAGACCUCUCGGGACAAGCUGAGGAAGUCUUUCACCCCUGACCACACCAUCUAUGCCAGGUCCAAGACAGCCGUCUACAAAGUGCCGCCCUUCACUUUCCACGUCAAGAAAAUAAGGGAGGGUGAGGUGGAGGUGAAGGCCACGGAGCUGGUGGAGGUCGGUGGAGAGGAGGGGGAAAACUCGGAUCUGCUGCGUGGGGAGAGUCCCGAGGUGCAGACGCUGCUGGAGAUCACCGAGGAGUCGGACGCGGUGCUGGUGGACAAGAGCGACAGCGAGUAGGGGCGCGGGCGCGGCGCGGUAGGGCGGCGGGCAGCGGCUGCAGACGUGCGCACGUCGGCAGAGCUCUCUGUCCCGCUGCCCCGGCGCACCGCCCGCGAUGCCUCCCUCCCGCCCCCGGAGCCGCGGCACCCCCCGCCCGCUUGGCCGCGGUGUUUUUGUAUCUUAGCUUUGGCACACACAGGGCACACAGAACUGUUCCUUACACUGUUGAAUCACCCUCGGAGACCAUUCCUGCCUGAGCGUCCCCCAGCGCCUGCCCGCAGGCACCCGGCCCAGCUGCAGAGUGCCGAAGGCAAGAGCCUGCAGAGCUCAAGUGUCCUCCACGCGCAAAGACCUGGUGUCAAGACAGCUCUAUGCCCUGCACCCCACCCUGCUUCCUGUGCCAGCCGAUGUGCCCACUGCUGCAGGCACCCAGCUGGCCUGGCAGCACUUUUGGAGAGCAGAGGACCUGUGAUGUCCUCAGUGCCCAACGAGUCCUGCUGGUAGGCAGAGGGUGGGUGAAGCUGAGCCAACUGCUCCCCACUGCCCUCCCCAGAACUGGGUUACAUGGAUGUCCUCGCCACGAAGCCACCUGUCUGCCAGGGCUGCCACCACUGCCCACAAGUGCACCACACCACCGUGACUGCUGCUCCUCACCACAGUGCUGGGGCUGUCACUGCAGCAGCCCCGGGGCCACAGCAGGAGCAGCGUGGCCACACCUCCUCUGCCCCAGUUACACAGCUGGUGGCCCAGCAGCCGUGGCCAAGUUCUUGCUGGAGCAAGGAGUGCAGUGGAGGUCAAAAUGCUGGACCUGGUCCCUUUGUGCCAGCAGAGAUUGUGGCUGCAGGCAGCGAGGUACGAGCUUGCUGCCCGAGGAGAGGGGAUGUGCCACCAACAGUGCCACAGCAGCCACCACCAGCUGUGACUUGUUUCCCAGUGGGGUAUGGAACAUGUGAGGCCCAUGACUGUCAGAGCAGCCUUGAUACCAGGUCAAGCACCAACCCUGAGUAUUUCUGAGCAUCUGCUUCCUCCAGGGGUCCCAGCACAGCUCAGGCUCAUGCCCACAUCCUGUGCUUUCCUCCCCAUUUCUCACUUUCUGCAGCUGUCCCCCCCCUGUCCUCUGCAGCCAGACAGUGCCAGGGUAGCACACUGCAGCUUGAGGGCACUGCCCUGGCAUGGCUCGGGGUGGCCACACUGUGAGGGAGCAGGCAGUGGGGCAGGAGCUGCCUUGGCUGCUUCCUUGGGGGGCUGUGGGUGUGCCCAGGGGACUGAUCCUGGAGACAGGGAAGGGAUGGAGCUGUCGUGCUCAUCCCGUCUGCUGCCAUGCUCACCCUUCCCCGCUGUGCAGCCACUUUCCUUCCCAGCCUGUGCCCCCCAGGGCUGCUCUUGCCAGUAUAACUGAGCACAUAGACUUGCUUUUCCUCCCAGUUAUUUUCCUUUUUAUUGUCCAGUGCAUCCUGCUUGUCCCCGGCCCAGGGCCUCAUCCUGGUGCCUGCACUGCUGGGCACCUGGGACAUCCCUGGAGGAGUGCCCAUGCCAGUCCCCUGUGCCAGGCAAUGGCAGGCUGGGGGCAGCUGCAGGCAGCACCGAGACACCAGUGGCCCCGAGGCUGCCGCUCCAGGACAGGAGGCGCUGGCUCUCGGCUGCCCGUGGGUCCUGACAGGUUAUUCUGUCCGCAGGCUGGUGGGUCCCAGCCCAGCAUCGGCCUCAGCCCGUGGGUCUCCUCCCCGUGGAGCCUCCCGCGGGCCCGUGGCCGGUUCUCACGUGGUUGUUCCACGUAGGCCAGGGCAGCCGGUGCCGAGGGCGUGCGCCCUGGGGCCGUUCCGCGGCUGCGUCCCGGAGAGCAGCGCAGCAAAUAAAAUCUCUUUUGUAAACCA